AUGGGUGUUAUACAAAUGGAGGCAUCGGUUUUGGGCGAUUCAAUUGGUGUCGAGGAUUGGCGUCAAAGAGAGUCCAAAGAGUUGUCAGAAUUGGUUCAAAAUAGGAUUCAUGAACUCCAGAAUCCGUCGGUUAAACAAUGCAUUUCACGGCAAACAAUACUCUGUAAUCUGACAAACAGUUAUGGCUUUUCGUCGGGUUUAAGUGAUAUAGUUUGGUGUCUAAUCGCCGGCUAUUACUCCAACCGUACAGUCGUUUUGCUCUCUAAACGAUACCAUUAUUUGAAUGAAGGCUCGCAAAAGUGGACGCAUUUUUUCCAACCUCUUAGCGAUACUUGCGAUGAAAGUAUGUUUGAAAACGUCUCAUCCGGUCACUCGACGUCUAAUCCAUUAUUUACCAAAAUCUAUUGGCAAGAGAAUAGUGGCCAUGCAUUCCAACCCAUUGGUCUGGUGGUUGGCCUUCACGUGAGGCGGACCGACAAGAUUGGCGUUGAGAGCAGUUUUCAUAACGUAAGCGAAUAUAUGGUUCACAUCAAAGACUUUUACGAUGGCAUCGGUUUAUUGAACGACACGAUUGAACGGAAGGUCUAUUUGGCGACUGACGACCCGCUGGUGUGGAGAGAAUGUGUCGACAAUUACCCCAACUAUAGAUUCAUUGGUAACCAAAGAGCAGCAGUUUAUACAUCAAAAUUGAAGACCAGAUAUAACGCCAAUUCAUUUCUUCAGCUUAUAAUUGACAUCUAUUUAGUCUCACAAACAGAUUAUAUCGUCUGUACAAUGAGUUCGGGUGUAUGUCGAGUGGCGUAUGAAUUGAUGCAAAACAACUACUUUGACGCCGGCUUUAAAGGCCAGUCCAUUGAUCUGCCCUUUCAUUACGAGACAGCGUUCAACUCUCCCCGAGUUGUCGUAUAUAACCACUUCUCGUCAUCAGACAAACAGUGGUCUCUUAAGACCGGAGAUAUGAUGUACUCGAGGAAUGGCGAAGACUUCUUGAGUCAGGCGAGGAAUGGCAAGAAAUACGACUCUUAUUAUUACGGGACGGACGCCGACAAAACUGAUUACCGAUUAUAUCCCGCGUAUAAAACACUACAAAAAAUCUAUCUCUUUUAA